ACCUUAGACGCCGAAAACACCAUCUAAAGCUGCGAUAAUAUCAUUCGCUAAGCCGGAAGUUCUGAGUCCAAUAAUUUCAACAGAUGUCACGGAUUGCAAAAUCAUCAUGGAAGCUCCUGCGCCGAUAAAGGAUCUGCAGAACGAGAUUGCCAGCAUGAUCCCCAGAGUUUUAGGAGACUGUGUCGAUAUCAAAAUAAAAUACCUCCGACGCGGCGCCGGCGAGGUCCCUCACCACCUUUUCUGGGCCAAAGUCGAUCCGCACGGCCUCAUGUCUCGAGAUAAAAGACUAUGGAAGGCAGCCCAGCUAGAUAUGCAGGUACCCACCAUCACCAUAGACUACACCAAACUCGAUAAGUCGCAGCUUACCCUCGAAGGGGACGGGUGGGAAUUGGUCGAGGAGGAGAUGGGUAAGAUCAUCAACAAGUACACCCAGAUGUUUUUCAACAGAGGCAAGAAUUACGAGCCCUGGCGUGGGUUGGAUCCUCGCUUAAUUCUCUUCAAAUUCCGUCCGUAUAACCUCACCAUUGGACCUACAUGCGCGCGAGCAAGAAUACCCCCGCGGUGCUCGCAAGGGUACAAGAUGUUCCUUGGUAUCGAUGACGUGCAGGUCCUAACCUACAAGACGAUGUUGCAUCUGGAUAACCCGUAUGAUCCGAAUAGAGGGCCCUGGGAGAGAGAAUGGAUUGAGUGGAAUGGUGAUUUAGCGGAGAAAGAGGCUCGUGAAUCUAAGGGAUUAGAGUCAAGACAUGGGCAUGGUCGCAGUGGGGGCGAAUGUGUUGUCUCAUGAGAUAAAUUUGACAUACUUAAUGGGUAGGCCUUGGUAUGAUU